AUGAUACCCUUCGGGGACCGGGCAGUCUCGGGGAGCCAGGAGGACUGCGCCCCCAGCCCCUGCUUUCGGGAGCCUUGGUUUUCCCUCUCCAAGUUGUGUCCGCUCUCAGGCACCCAGGCUCCCUGGUGGCUUCGCAGGCACGCAGGUGUCGUGAUCCCCAAGUCUCGGUUCAAAGACCCGGGCAUCCUGAUACCCGAGGCUUGUCCUUCUGCAAGGACCCAGGCAACCUUAUCGCUCCUCUCUGCCCCAACUCCCUCCCCCUCCCGCAAGGACCCGGGAAUCCUGUACCCCAUACCUAUGCAGGAGGCCCGCGCUCCCGUCUCCAUGGCAACAGGAGUCUAUUCUGCGCCGGGAACAACCCGCUCCUGCCGCAGCCUGCCAAGCCUUGCUGCGGCCAUGCCUCCUGCCCUGUUCCUGUGCCCCCUCUUCCUGGCCUCUGCCCUGGGCCCACCCCUGGCCUUGGCCCACCUGCCCAACAGCACCAGCUUGGCAGCCACAGGCCCUCUCCCGGCCCUGUUGGCCCACCUGCGCCGGCUGACGGGGGCAGUGACAGGGAGCGGUGGAGGCAAUGGCGGCAGUAGCAGUGGCGGUGGUGGACCAACCAACGGGACCUCGGGGAGCAGCAGUGGAGGGCAGGCGGCUCGGGCCCCACUGCCCGCAGAGCUGUGCCAUGGUUACUACGAUGUCAUGGGCCAGUAUGAUGCCACGUUCAACUGUAGCACUGGCUCCUUCCGCUUCUGCUGUGGCACAUGCUAUUACCGCUUCUGCUGUGAGCACCGCCACAUGCGCCUGGCCCAGGCAUCCUGCUCCAACUAUGACACCCCAGUCUGGGCCUACACGCCCCAGCCCUCUGAUGCUGGGGGGCCUGGGGCAGGCGGGAAUGGUGGGGGGCCUGGGCCAGGUCAGCCAGGCUGGCUAGAUGGGAACCGGGCAGGGGCUGGAGCUGGAGGUGCUGGAGGCAGGGGUGGUGAGGGGCCAGGCGGCAGCACAGCCUAUGUGGUGUGUGGCGUCAUCAGCUUCGCCCUGGCUGUGGGUGUAGGUGCCAAGGUGGCCUUCAGCAAAGCAUCCCGGGCCCCCCGGGCUCACCGGGAGAUCAACGUGCCCAGGGCCCUGGUGGAUAUCCUGAGGCACCAGGCAGGGCCAACCACCCGUCCUGACCGGGCACGGAGCAGUUCCUUGACCCCAGGCCUGGGAGGACCUGACAGCAUUCCACCCCGGCCCCCAAAAAACCUCUAUAAUCCUGUCAAAGCCUCCAACCACGAUACCCUGCAUCAUAAUUACAUCCAUCUCAACGUCAACAGCCCCAAACACCAUGCUGCCACACUUGACUGGCGGGCCCAGCCUCCCCCCAGCCCAGCCCUCCACUACUCUACCCUCUCCUGCUCCCGAUCCUUCCACAACCUCUCCCACCUGCCCCCAUCCUACGAGGCUGCAGUCAAGUCAGAGCUCAGUCGAUAUUCCUCCCUCAAGAGGCUUGCCGAGAAGGACCUGGAUGAGGCGUACAUGAAGAGGAGGCACCUGGCCGAGCUGCCCCGUGGGACCCUGCCCCUUCACACCAUGCGCCGACCUGGCACUGGCGGCGGCGGCUACGGCGGGGCUGGUGAAGGCUGGGGCAGCCCUGAGGAACAGGCCCCCAUGCCCAACCCCCGGCGGGUCAUGUCUCAGGAGCAUCUGCUGUCCGACAGCGGCCGCGGAUCCCACUAUGAGUUCACCCUGCCCCGGGCCCGCCUGGUCUCCCAAGAGCGCCUUUUGCUGUCCUCUCCCGAGGCCCUACAGAGCCAGGAGCGGCUCCUGUCCCCGCCCCGGAGCCCCGCGCCACCUCCAGACCCACCCCGAGGGGGGCUGGCGGCCUCCCACACCAACCUGCUCCUGGGGCCCGGCCCCCCCACUCCCCUGCACGGCCUGCCCCCUCCCCUUCACACCCACCACGCCCACCACGCCCACCACCUGCGCCACAGCCUGUCCCCUGCAGCCUGGGGGGGCAUGGGGCCCGAGGCAGGGGGCGGUGGGGGCACGCUAGCUCGACGCCCACCCUUCCAGCAUCAGGGAGGCCUGGAGACCCUCCAGUUCAUCCCUGGCCACCACCACCCACAACACCUGCGCACAGCCAGCAAGAAUGAGGUGACAGUCUGAGGGCUCGAAGCCUUCCCUCCCGGAGGCACCCACCCACACAAGGCUCUGGCCAGACCGCCUGGCUGAUGGGGGGCCUCAUUUCUGGGGCUCUGCCCUGGCCCCCACUCCUUCUGGGAUAUGAUCUCCAAAGGCUCCACCCCUCCUGUGGCUUCACCUCCAGAGUCUCUGGGCCUUCCUGUGACAUCACCUCCAAAUGCUCUCUCCUUUCCUAUGACCUGAUCUCCAGAGACUCUUCCUUCCAGUGACAGUCUCUCUGGAAGCUCUGGUCCUUUGUGGGACUACUUUCCCCAGUGGAUCUUAGUGGAUCUACUACUUAUGACGUCACUGCCAAAGUCUUCACUACUUCCUGUGACAUCAUCUCAAGGCUCCACCCCUUCCUAUGACAUGGCCUCCAAAUGUUCUCUCUUCCUGUGACAUCAUCCCCAGAGGUUCCUGUCUGUCCUGAGGUGCUAGAGGCUUGAGUCUGCUGCUCCGCCACCUUCUCCAGAGGCACCCCCUUUCCUUCCACAUCACCACCAGCGGAUGCCCCUUUCCUUAUGACUGUCAUCUCCAAAAUCUCCACUCCUUCCUGCAGUGCCACCUCCAAAGGGUCUACACAUUUUUAUGACAUGGACUCCGGAGGCUCUAUCCCUUCCUGGGAGAUCAUUCCUAGGGACAUGCCCUUCUCAUCACUUCAUCUCCAGAGACAGUAUUCAUUCACAUGACAUCAUCCUCCACAGGCACCACCCCUUCCUGGGACUUUCUUCCUGAUUUUUCCCAGGGAGGCAGGGGUCAGUUGGAGGUGGUCCCAGACACAUGCUGGGAUGCCAGCUCUCAUCGUGUAUCUCUGCAUCCAAGAUGCAUCCCUGCUGAGGUUCAACCCUUUCCUUUUCCUAUGAUGUCAUUUUCCAGAGGCCCCACACCUCUCCUUGGAGACAGACUCCAAGCCUCUUACUCUUCCUGGGAUAUUGGCCCUGAAAGCUGCCCCCGCACCCUCCCUAUAGGGUGGUAUCAGGCACUGAGAAAGGGUGGACUCCAGUUCUCAUCAGAUGGAGGCAUUGGCCAUGAGCCCAGCCCUCUGGCCUUUACCCCUUCACUGUCCAGUGAAACUCUUCCUCUUUCCUAGCACUAGUUCAGUACUCUCCAGAACCGCCUUCCCCACUGACCUUAGGGAACUUCAUUCCCACAAAGGAACUAGGGAAGAAUGGCAGCUGGAGUCCACCCCAAUGUCUAGCUAUCUUGUCCAGCCUUUACUUCUGCCUCAUAUCCAGGGUGGUCUUGCAGCAUCUGCUUGAAGACCUUGAGGGAGGGCCAUGUGGCCAUCUCUUGUGGCAGCCCAUUGCUUUUGGGGGCAGUUCUCGUCAGGACUUUCUCCUGAUAUCAAGCCUAAAUCUGCCUCUGCAAGUUUCUCCCAUUACCCGUAGUUCUGGCUUCUAUGGGGAAACAGAAGAAAUUGAAUUCAUUCUCCACAUGACAGCCCUUGAAAUACUUGAAGAUGGCUCUCAAAUUCCCCCCCGCCAAAUC